GGGUCUUAUAAAGUUACACACACACCUGAUACAACCUACUGAACUACUGACUGCGUGAAGAACAAGUUUUAACCCAAGAUCAUGAGUUUACCAGACUAUAAAUCUACUGGAAAACAGUCCACAGCACCUGUGCAGUCGAAAUCUCAAGUUGUUCAGCUCAAUAUUGGAGGUCAUGUUUUCAGCACCACCUUGGGAACCAUUCGUAAGUUUCCAAACUCCACACUGGCAGACCUGUUUAAUGGGUCAUCCAAGCUUCGGAUGGACUCUGAGGGUCGAUACUUCAUAGACCGUAAUGGCUCUCACUUUGGGUUGAUCCUCGAGUACCUCCGAUCAGAAAAAGUUCCCUCCGAACAUUUACAGGAAGUUCAUAAGGAGGCUUUGUACUAUGACAUCAAACCUCUAGCCAAAGCCAUUGAAGAUAUGCCUCAGAUCUUUGGAGAAACAGUCGGAAGACAACAAUUCUUGGCCCGUGUUCCAAACUACCGGGAAAACCUGGAAGUAAUUGUCAAGGUAGCCAGAGCGGAGGCCAUCGCAUCUCGGUACUCGAAGAUAAUCGUCUGUGUCUUGAGGACAGAAGAUGAUUUAGCCAGAUACAAUGAUGCCAUUGACAGUCUCGACACUCCGAAAGAGUCUGUGGUGAGAUUCGGUCCAUGGAAAGCUCCAGCUUCAGUGGAGGAUCUGUUAGAUUGCAUCAGAAUGGAUAUAGAGGCCAAAGGAUAUAAAGUCAAGAUCGAACCACACAACAUAGACAAAGUGUUUCUCUUCAAAAGCUACAACUUCUUCUAUAAACUGACAUUCACCUGGUGGUGAUGGGUGUGUGGCCCAACAACUCAACCAAUGAAAUAGUGAUUUGAAGAGAAAAGGGAUAUUUGGACAAUGGUUUGAUGGAACUUUAGCAAUUCAGACAUAAAAGUGACAAGAACCUCCUAUAUGACUGACAGCUUUUAUAUAGGUGUCAUGAAUCUGUCAGUAUCUGUCAUUGGCCUGCCUUGUUAAAGGGAUAGUUCACCCAAAAAUGAAAAUUCUCUUAUCAUUUACUCACCCUCAUGUCAUCCCAGAUGUGUAUGACUUUCUUCUGCAAGACACAAACAAAGAUGUUUAGAAUUAUAUUUCAGCUCUGUAGGUCCAUACAAUGCAAGUGAACAUGGCCAGAAUUUUGAAGGUCCAAGAAGCACAUAAAGGCAGUAUAAAAGUAAUCAUUAAGACUACAGUGGUUAAAUCUAUGCCUUCAGAUGCGAUAUGAUAGGUUUGGCUGAGAAACAAAUCAUUAUACAAGUAUUUUUAUACUCUAAAUCUCCACUUUCACUUUUUUCUCCUUUGUUUUUCUGAUUCACAUUCUUUGUGCAUAUCUCCACCUACAGGGUAGGGAGGAUAAUUUAUGUUGUAUACUAUGCCUGUCCAUAGCUUGCUAUAACCUACAAUAAAUAAAUCAUUAAAAUAUUAAUGUAAUCACUAAAGCUUUCACUCCAGGAAUGUUUUUGGUUUGUUAACUGGUCAGUUUCUGACAAUUGUGUGAUUUAGUAUGAAUGAAGGGACAUUUUUAGU